GCUCCUCCCCGAUCAGCAAGGGCACUUGCUCUUCCCUAUUCUCACCAGAGAGGCACAAGCGCUCCGUCCCUUCCAGCGGCAGGCAGGCGGAGGGAAGAGAAAGGGUCUGUUGUUUUUCUCUCCUUGUUUCUCUCUCCCUCACUGCUGAUCACCAAGCUGCUGACCAGGUCAGAAAGCCCCGAUGGAAAUCCUCCAGUGCUGGGCAGGCCCCUCCUCCUCCAGGGAGCUUGUCCUUGACUAAUUUUUCUUUGUCCCGAUGGGAAAAAAAGAGAGAGAGAAAGAAGAAAAAAGAAAAACCACAAACUUCCUUUGAAAACCAGCUUUCAGUCAGGGCCUGGAGCGCAAACCCUACACUCAGCGACUUAGGAAUCCGAAGACGCUCUGAGCCGCUCGGGUGCACCUGGACUGCGCCCCUGCCUCCCCGGUAGUGUCCCCGGUUGGGCGUGGGUGUGAGUCCGGAAGUGGCUACGACCCAGUCAGGACUGCCGCUUGUAAACCCAUAUAAACCUGUGAAAGCUCUGGCGUUGACAGCUGGAAGACAGCUGGGACUGUGGCGACGCCCCUCAUUGUACCCACCUCCCCCAUCGAAUUGCCAGAGCUGAACUCUCCUUCUCAGUCCUGGAACAGCACCCACUUCUUUAAGGGAAGCUGACUCCACCCAAUGUCUUCAAUCUCACUGGAAUCAUCCCUCUCAAGCCUGAAAGCCCUGUAUCCUCGUUGGUCGCAUCUGGUCGCAGCAAGUUAGAGGUGAAAGAGCUCAGGCUGGGGCCCUUCUGUUUACCUAAGCUCUACUACCCAGGAGUGACUGUACAUGAGACACUAUCUAGCCUUCCACACUAUGUUCCUUUUCUGAGACUUUUCUGGGUCAAUUUUGCUUUCCAGCCCAAUGAUCUCCUUCUUAUUGGAUUAGUCUCUGUUUGGCAUACCAAGCCUAGAUUAGGCAAGUCCUGGAGGACAAAGUCCUUUGAUGCGCAUCAGUUGACCCCUUUUGACCAUGGAACACCAUCAACCCGAGCAUCCAGCCUCUAAUAAGGCCAAGACUGCAGAAGCAGUCAUCCCUGAAAACCACGAGGUCCUGUCAGAACCCGAUGAGCACCCUCAGGACAAGGAUACCAGAGAUGCUGAUGGGGUGGCCAGAGAACAGGAGCCAGAAGACCAAGCCUCACUGCUGGCCCAGGGCCAGGAUAACCUUGAGUCCCCUCCACCUGAUGCUGGCUCAAGCCAACUGGAGCCAGCCCAGGGGACGCAGACUGAGAUAGAGACAGUGGGGGCAUGCUCCAGACCCCAGGAGCUUCCCCAGUCCCCCAGGGUCCGACAGCCUGAGCUAGAUUUCUACUGUGUGAAGUGGAUCCCGUGGAAGGGAGAACAGACACCCAUCAUCACCCAGAGCACUAACGGCCCCUGCCCUCUCCUUGCCAUCAUGAACAUCCUCUUUCUUCAGUGGAAGGUAAAGCUGCCACCUCAGAAGGAAGUGAUCACGUCAGACGAGCUCAUGGCUCAUCUUGGAGACUGCCUCCUGUCCAUCAAGCCCCAGGAGAAGUCAGAGGGACUUCAGCUUAAUUUUCAGCAGAAUGUGGACGAUGCAAUGACAGUGCUGCCUAAACUGGCCACAGGUCUGGAUGUCAACGUGCGAUUCACAGGCGUCUCUGAUUUUGAGUAUACACCCGAGUGCAGUAUCUUUGACCUACUAGGCAUACCUCUGUACCACGGCUGGCUUGUUGAUCCACAGGUCUCAAUCUUUUUGGUACCACCCCCCGCCCCCUUGCGCAUGCAGAGUCCUGAGGCUGUGAGUGCAGUUGGGAAACUGAGUUACAACCAGCUGGUAGAGAAGAUCAUCACCUGCAAGCACUCCAACGACACCAACCUCGUGACCGAAGGCCUGAUCGCAGAGCAGUUCCUGGAGACCACCGCGGCACAGCUGACCUACCAUGGUCUGUGUGAGCUAACGGCCGCUGCCAAGGAGGGUGAACUUAGCGUCUUUUUCCGAAACAACCACUUUAGCACUAUGACUAAGUACAAGAGUCACUUGUACCUACUGGUCACCGACCAGGGCUUUCUACAAGAGGAGCAAGUGGUGUGGGAGAGCCUGCACAAUGUGGAUGGAGACAGCUGCUUUUGUGACUCUGACUUUCACCUAAGUCAUUCCUUGGGCAAGGGACCUGGAGCAGAAGGUGGGAGUGGCUCCCCAGAAAAGCAGCGGCAGGUAGACCAGGACUACCUGAUCGCCUUGUCCCUACAGCAGCAGCAGCAGCAUCCACGAGGCUCAUUGGGUCUUAGUGACUUGGAACUGGCCCAGCAACUUCAGCAAGAGGAGUACCAACAGCAACAAGCGGUCCAGCCUGUACCAGCACGGGCCCCAUCACCGCUGGGGAGAGGAGCCACCUCUGGACGCCCAGCCGGGGAGCGUAGGCAGAGGCCGAAGCAAGAAUCUGACUGCAUCCUCCUGUAGCCUGCUCGGUGCCAGGCUGCCCAGCCUCCUCUUUCAGAGGCAAUGGCUAUUUUGCUUGCUCUCCGCUGCUCGGCCCCUGAGAUAUGCAGGGUAACUUAUUUAUGGACUGUUGUAGAUCAGAGCAGGCAGUAAAUGCCAAGGUCAGGCUGAGUGACGUCCUUGCCUUCAUGUGCUGCCACCUUCUUUUCCUCCCAAUCAUCCAGGGCAACACUGGGGUUGGUGGGGUGAGGAUUUCUGAUUCCCAGCUCCCUUGCCCCAGAAUAGUCACACUAACAUACAGACUCAGGCUCCAGGGUGUGGUCCCUGUCUAGAAUGCAUCUCCCCUACUUCCCACCCCUGGCUGCGUGGGUCCUCCUGGCUAUCCUGCAGGCCUGUCUCUGUUUCAGGGUUUGAUUUGGUUUCUAUCUCCAUUAUUUGUAAUGCCUUCCUAGGGGUUUGGAAAUAAAACUUCUUUCCCAAGAUCUCUUGUUUGCCUUACCCUGUGGCAGUUGGGUUAAGUAUUUGACCCAACUGAGGAAUGCAAAAGGGGGUAGGGGGAGGGGAGGGUAAAGAGGCUUGGAAGGGGUUGCCUGUCAUUUCUAACAGAGCCAGCAGGGGGAACCAAAGCCUGCUUUUUCCUUUUUUGUUUUUGUUUAUCUGUUUUUGGUAGGUCUUCUUUGGGAAACAGGACUCUAAUUUGGGAGGUGGGUUUCCAAGUCCCUGCUCUGGACAGAUGAAUUUGGAGGUUGUGCUCCCUGCUAACCCAAGACUUCCCAGGCAAGGGAGGGGCAGCUUGAUUGUUGCUUCUCAGUUCAUACAGAUGGUCCUUUGCUACCUCUGACCGUUUCUGACCUCAUUCUGGUUCUCAGUGAUUUUGCUUGAAAUUUCCUGGGGAAGAGAGAAUAAUGGAGGUGAGAGGAGUCACUGAGGGGAGGGUGGCUGUUGAUAACUACAGCACUAGAGCCCAAAACAGGAUUCCUGUUGAAUAUCCAAGUGCACAUCAAAGGCACCUCCAACUUCAAGGCCUCCUCUCAACCCAAGUCCUGCUCCACCCAAACUUCAAUCAGGGAACACGACGACUGUGAAGUUUGCCAAAAGAAUUCAAGUAUCAGUAAGAUGUCCUCGCCAGGGUACAGGAGGGAUGAUUAGGGCAGAAACACCAAAGAGAUCCCAUUACCCCACACCCAAGACAGCUAGGGGACCCAGGUGCAGACAUCACUUCAAGAUGAGGGAAAUUAAGGGAUUUAAAAGAAACUUCAAGUUCCAGCCUCAACAAGAAGCUGGAGCAUGUGGUGCUCAGUGAGGCGUUAUCCUAUUUGGAGGCCCAGCUGCUCUCCUGCAGGCUCAGCGGAACACGAGAAUCUCAGAUCCUUGAAUGUCAUGUGGGGAUGGGGGGCAGGGAGGCCUCAAAUGUCUUCAGCCCUGCACAGGGCUAGUAAGGCUGACUGGCAGUCCCCUUUCACUGCGUCCUGCAGGAAAGAGAGUCAAGUGUUAGAAAGACCCACUGUCACCAUGGCCCAGGCACUCUAUCCCUUUCCUCAUGCUGGUCCAGAACUUGUCUGGUCCUGAAGUCCUAAAUUAACCAAAGAAUCAUGAGUUCUCCAGGGCAUGAAUAUGCUCAGCUCUGUGCUGGGAGUGUAAGGUGGAGGAGGGGGUGAAGCUCUGGGGCUCCAGGUUAAGAACUAGCCAAGUCUCACCUGGAGGGAAGAGUAGAGGGACUUCCCAAAUUUCUUUUUGAACUCAGCUCGGAUGCUUAGGAGGUCAGUCUCACUUCGAGAGAUGAGGAUACGCAUCAGGACUUGGUAAUUGGGUUCAGUUUCCUGGUAGAGGAAGAAACAGAAUAGGGAGGGGGUGGUAGUAAGAUUCUCACAGAGUAGGGAUUGGAUGGCACGGUGAAUUAUUCUAGGAAGUGGAGGUGAGGUAAGAGUCCAGGGAAAAGAGAAGUAUACAUUAUCUAGGGACAAAAAUUAUCAUUGUCCGGCCUCAUGGAAGAUGAUGCAACAGGAAAGAUCAGUCUUUGUGGGGGCAGUUGGAGUAUUUCUGAUUCCUUCCACAUGUGUUACCUGGCUCUGCCACUAGCUUAGAGCCUUAUUCCUCCAGAGCUUGGUGGUGGGCAGCUCCAAUGGCAGGUACUCAAAGAAGGAUAGAAAAGACUUGCUACCUGUAAAGAGUUCCAGAGUGAAAGCCAGGAAGACUUUUUUUUUUUUUUGUGAGGAGAUCAGCCCUGUGCUAACAUCCACCAAUCUUCCUCUUUUUUUUUUGCUGAGGAAGACUGGCCCUGGGCUAACAUCUGUGCCCAUCUUCCUCCACUUUAUAUGGGACGCUGCCACAGCAUGGCUUGCCAAGCAGUGCGUUGGUGCGGCCGGGAUCCGAACCGGCAAAUCCCGGGCCGCCGCAGCAGAGCGCAUGCACUUAACCUCUUGCGCCACCGGGCCUGCCCCAAGGAAGACUGUUUUUAACUUCCAAGUUAGUGAAUGUCUAAGGAGGAUACACCCACUCUGUCCCCAGACUGAGUUGAUGGGGCUCUGAUAGGGAGCAAGGUCGUGUGACUUCUCGUUCUGAUCCUGACCCGCAAGGGCCAUCUUGCAUCCUCAUCUUUACACAUCAGUUUCUCCUGGUUGGACCCUGGGGCUCAGCAUCACUGACCUCCUCCUAUACCUGCAGCAGGCCUCUUACGUUUUGGUCAAAGAAGGUCAUGGAGAGUUCAGUUUAGAAAUAAUAGAGGUACAAUACAUCAUCUGAUCAUGAAUUAUAAUGGAUUAUAAUAAGUAAUGUUUUCAUGAGAGAUUUCUAAAUAAAAACUUUUGGUUGCAAAAA